AUGGCUGAUCUGUUACUUGUGGCAUUGGCUUGUGGACUAUCUGCAGCAUUUCUCUUGCUUCUGCUGGCUGGGUUAUCGGUCUAUCUGCUGUGGAGGAAGAGGCAGGCCCAAAUACUUUACCGGGGACUGAUACCAACCACCCCUACAAUCCCACGAUGCACCACUCCGGUGCUCCAGACAUCACAGAACGGCAGCUAUGGCUCAGGUGAUGUUCCUUUCAUUGUGCCUCCUCGAUUCAAGCGAGCAUCUCAAAUUAAGGAGAAGAGGGAGGGAAGAGAGGAUGCGGAGGAAUGGGAGCACCACCCUGACCUGCACACCCAGCGAGGCUCUUUAACAGUAGGGAGUUGGUUUCCUCUUGGUAGAUUAAGACCCGACCUAUACCAGCUUCCGGAGGAGCCUGGCGAGUGGGCCCUACCGAACGGCUCGGCUGUGCGUCUGUGGUUCGCUUUACGGUACCAGGAUGAGCGAGAGCAGCUGGUUGUGUCUCUGCUCCGCGCCGCUAACCUGCCCUCGCUGUGUCAGGGUAACAUCACACUGGUCAAACUCCAACUGUUGCCGUCAGAUGAACGACGUCAUCGGCAGGCCAAGGCCAAGCGAAAGGGACGUCAUCCGACGUUCAACGACAGCUUUGUGUUUCAGGUAUCCAACAGCUGUGUGGACCAGUGCUCCGUGCACAUGAGUUUGUUCACUGUUGAGCAGAGGAAGCAUCAUCUCAUUGGGCAGAUUUUGAUACCCUUGAGACAUACAGAACUAAAGGAGGCAGCAGGCAAAGUUCAGUGGAGGGAUCUGGACAACGAGAGUGAUCAACCUUUAUCAAAGAAUGGUGACAUCCAGGUGUCUUUGAAUUACAAUCCGUCUUUGCAUCGCCUCACUGUGGUUGUUCUGAGAGCACGAGGUCUGCAGUGCGGCAGUGAUGCUGGUGUGUGUGUCCAGGUCUCUUUGAAGAUACAUACUCAGGUGGUGAGAAACAAGUGGACUACCGUGGCUAAAGGCAUCAAUCCGUCUUUUAAUGAAAGGCUUACCUUCAGACUUUUACCCAUGCAGCUGGACACAGCCUGCCUGUCCCUUCAACUCCAGCAGCCAAUCACAGAGGAGCCAGUGUCGUUGGGUGUGGUGGUCAUCGGACCGUUCAUGUAUGCCAGAGGCCGAGAGCUGGACCACUGGAACGACAUGGUCAGCAAACCUCAGGAGCUGGUCAGGGAAUGGCACGCACUGGGAAUGGCUUCAUCACUGACAAGCAUGCAUCAAGUUUAAAUCUAGCUGUCCUCUUUCAAAAGAAAGC